AUGGCAGAGAAUGGCAGUCAUUUUUCUGUGGAUCAGUUCCUCUGUCCAGUGUGUCUGGACCUUCUGAAGGAUCCAGUGACUACUCCCUGUGGACACAGCUUCUGUAAGGUGUGUAUUAAUGGUCACUGGGAUCAGGAGGAUAUGAAGGGUGUCUUCAGCUGCCCCCAGUGUAGAGAGACUUUCACUCCAAGGCCUGUUCUACACAGGAACAACAUGCUGACUGAAGUGGUGGAGAAACUGAAGAAGACUGAACUCCAAGCUGAUUCUCCUGCUCACUGUUACACUGGACCUGGAGAUGUGGAGUGUAAUUUCUGCACUGGGAGAAAACACAAAGCCGUCAAGUCCUGUCUGGUUUGUCAGGCCUCCUAUUGUGAAGAUCAUCUUAAACCUCACUAUCAGUCUCCUGCCUUUAAGAAGCACAAGUUAGUUGAAGCCUGUGCAGAGCUCCAAGAGAAGAUCUGCUCUGAACAUGACAAACUGAUGGAGAUCUACUGUCGUACUGACCAAAGCCUCAUCUGUGACUUGUGUACGAUGGAAGAACACAAAGGUCAUGAUACUGUUUCAACUAAAGCAGAAAGAACUAAAAAACUGCAUAAGCUAAAGGAGGAGCAGAUGAAAUCCCAGCAGAGGAUCCAGGAGAAGCAGAAGAAGGUGCGGGAGCUGAAACAGACUGUGGACAUUAUUAAGAUGCGUUCACAGGCAGCAGUAGAUGACAGUGAGAGGAUCUUCAGUGAGCUGAUCACCUCCAUGGAGAAAAAGCGCUCUGAGGUGAUGGAGCUGAUCAGAACUCAGGAGAAAGCUGAAGUGAGUCGAGCUGAACGACUCCUGAAUCAACUGGAGCAGGAGAUUGCUGAUCUUAAGAGGAGAGUCACUGAGCUGGAGGAGCUUUCACACACACACGAUCACAUCCACUUCCUCCAGAGUUUCCCGUCUCUCUGUGUCUCUCCUGGAUGUGAAGACUCACCCAGCUUCACUGUCAAUCAACAUCUCUCAUUUGAUGGAGUGAGGAAAUCUCUCUCAGAUCUGAAAAAACGAGUCGAGCAAAUCUGUGAGGAGGAAUUCAACAAAAUCCGUCCACAAGUAUCUUCUUCAGAACUGAUUUUACCCUCAGAACCAAAGAGCAGAGAAGAUUUUCUGCAGUAUUUCUGUUAUCUGACUCUGGAUCCAAACACAGAACAUCCUAUACUCAUCCUGUCUGAGAAGAACAGAGUGGUGACACGCAGAAUGACACACCGGCGAUACUCUGAUCAUCCAGAGAGAUUUGACUACUGUACUCAGGUGUUGUGUAAGGAGAGUGUGUGUGGACGCUGUUACUGGGAGGUGGAGAGGAGAGGUGAUGUGUUCAUAUCAGUCUCAUAUAAACAGAUCAGCAGGAAAGGACGGAGUUAUGAGUGUGGGUUUGGACUCAACAGUCAGUCCUGGAGUCUGGACUGUUUUUCUUCCUCUGUCUCUUUCCAGCACAACAACAGUAAGUCUGAGCUCCGAGGUCCAGCAUCCUCCAGAAUAGGAGUGUAUGUGGAUCACAGUGCAGGAACUCUGUCCUUCUACAGCGUCUCUGACACGAUGAGGCUCCUCCACAGAGUCCACACCACAUUCACUCAGCCUCUAUACGCUGGAUUCAGGAUAUGGAGUUAUAAGUCAUCUGUUAGGUUAUGUGAUCCAUAAUGAAAUGUUGGUAAAAGUGUUUAUUAAAAUUAUAACUGAGGUGUGAGAUUUAAUUUCUCCCUGAGCUACACUGGACAUUUUGUGUACAGAAACUGGAACAGUAAUGA